AUGGAUCAAGAAGAUGCACAAAAAUCAGAAGAUGUUCUCGACCUUUCGCAGCGACUGGUUGCUAAAUUCACAUUUCUUGCUAGCUAUCUCUACGCUUCGAGAGUUACCAUGGCUGCAGGUGGGCCAAUUGGCGAAAGAAUAAGGAUAAGUAGUGGUCGACCAGACUGCUACAUCAUCGAGACGUGUGAUGAAGCAUCAGCAACAGACACCAGCGACAGGGAAGGUCGAAUGUUCAGCACCACCAAUAUUCGGUCCUCACGUAUGCGAAAUCAACGUAGGCCUUCCCGCAUUAGAAAUCAAGCUUUGGCUACAGCCAAAAGGAAGUCCUCGGUGUCUUUGGCGCAUGCUAUUCAAGGUCUGUCUAUAUUUGGGCUAUCUUUGCUGUUCAUUUCUACCAUAUUCUUUCCCCUUCCUGGCGGGACUGAGCACGAACCUUACGGUGUUCUGCACAAAUCGAUUGUGCGAAAAAGGAUUGAGGCGUUACGAGGCGAGCAAUCUAGAAGCGCGGCUAGCAUCAAUGGAACCCGAGAACGAACACGAAGGAAAUUGCAAAGUCCUCAUCGGCGCAAUAGAGUGAGAGGUACGAGUCGAACUCGAGACACAGCCCAUCUUGACCACGCUGGGGUGAAAGCACCAUUUGAAAAAGUGCAGCUUGAUGGAUUCAAAGAUGCCUGGCGAGUUGGUUUGAGCGUGAUUGCUAUUCAUUCAGAAUGGACAAACCGUUUCGAUAUCCCGUGGCUGUUGUUACCGCGGAUUACAACCCGCUCAUUUGCCGAAAGCGGCUAUAGAGUUCUUUACUCUCCCAUGAAGGAGAAGGCAAGCGGAGGUAUUGGACAUGGUCUAACGGUCCUGAACGCGGAAUUGUCAACCGCGAUAACCCUCGGAUUAUCAUACACACACAGGGUUGGGAUAUAUGGUUCAAUGAGUAGAGCACAGCCACUGGCAGUGGAGGAUCUUUUCGGAUGGGGAGCGAGGGAAGUGCCCAGGAAAUUCAUUCAAGACAAAGUGUGUGAAGUCACGCCAUUAUCCCAUAAAACACCACCCGAACACGGGUCGGAAAGCUGUCCUGUAUGUAGGACGAUUCGAAAGGAUUCACCGGUUCCAAUAAGAAAUAUUGUAGAGGUACCGUCAAUGAUUUCCUAUGGAUGCACUUCUUGUCACAGGACACGCAUUGCAGUCGGAAACUUUUUGGCUGAGCAUGGAAAGAAUCAUACAUUGUUCCAGAUGUCACCGUCGAGAUGCGACCGAUCGCCAAAGUCGCCUGACUUUUCGCUCUCAUACCGUUUCUUUUAUUGGAAGUAUUGGGAUCUCCACGGAAACAGGACAAUAGGUGGGCUACCAGUAUCUGCUGUGAGAGAAGAGGGCAGAAAAUGGACAGUUCCAGUGACGAAGCGAGGCCCUGUUAACUUGAUCGAGGACGAGCUGAAUAUCGUUAUCCAUGCAAGACGGGGGGAUUUCUUCACUCACACGAACAGAAAGAUGGUUUCCGCGAAAGUGUUCGCAGCAGUUGCAAAUAGGUCUAUGGAGAUUGUUCAAAAAGUUGGGGGUAUCUUUUCCGAAAUGCCGGUGGCAAUCAUCUUGUACUCUGAGGGAAGAGAGCGAAAUGGAACAGUUGGUGAGUUGCACGAGCAAAGCGCCCUGAGCAAGGAGUUCGUGGACACUGAUGGGACGAUUCGCGACGCAAUAUGGUUACACAGCUUGUUCAUGCCCUGUGAAGCCAGCCUUACAGGGAACAGCUCGCAUACGGAUCGUGCAGUGGGAAGCAGCUAUCCGAACGGGUUGCGGGUGGAGACGCGAAUCUCGAGUGACGUCGUGCACGCAAUUCAUGAAAUGGCUGCCGCGGACAUUUUCAUCGGCAGCGCAUCUGAUCUGUCGCAGUACGCCGUUCGUGUCAUCUCGAGAGCAGGAAUGCAAAUACUGCCGGAAUAUCAGGGGGCAAUGGGGCAAUGCUGCGCUACUAGAUUCGAUGUCGAGUCUGGAAGGGUCCUGAAGAGUAGUCUGGAAGAGUACUGGAGACUUUACUCGAUUGCAAAUGAGGAAAGCGCAAUUAGGUCUAUGAAAGAGGCGUCAUCUGUACUAGACUAA